AUGGCGGCGCCCACAGGUUGGGUGGGCGGUAGUGAAUUAAAGAGUCCCUGGGAGGAGCUGGUGGCAUCCUUACUAGCACAGCACACAGCACUCCUGCACAAGCUGGCCACCGCCGCCCCUCCUCCUGCUGCCCUAGUGCCCGCGCCCACUACGCCCGCCCCUCUACACCCACUCCACCACCCGCGCUCACCAGCUCUCAGUCUCGGCCACUACGCCCGUAGAAACUGGCGCAAUAGACGUAACCGACAGAGAAAGAAGCUCCGUAGGUUUUAUAAUAACAACAAUAACAAUAUAAUUAAUAGCCUCGGCAUCAGCAGCGCCAACACAGCUAACAACACCUCCAGCAACAGCAUCACCGGCAACAACACCAACAACAACAGUCAAGGCGGUAGUGGUGUCAGCAGCAAUAAUAAUCGAGGCUUAGGUAAGAAGACUUGGAGAGGGGGAUGGUCAAAUCAGCUUCCCACCACAACCACUACAGCAGCAUCAGCAGCCGCAGCUACCACCACUACCACAACUACCACCACUCAUGUCCGCCGCACGCUGCGCUCUGUAGUCAGUGUACGUGAAACUCAUGCAAUUGCUGAAGCACAGCAGGAAAAGAACUCGCGUCUAAAAGAGGCCUUUGGCAUUUCUGAGUUUUUCGUGGAGGGGUCAUCCCUAGACCCUAACAGAAAAGCCAAAGAGGAGUUGGCUCGGGCUGCAGCAGCAGAGAAACAGAAGGCAACAUCAGAGGGGUUAGGAGCUGAGACUGGCAAGAAGUACGGCUGGGUUCACACCCCAUCUCCUUCUCCAGACCGUUCUACGAAGAAGGAGAAAAAGGAUAAGAAGAAGAAAAAGAAGAGGAGUAGGGAUCGGUCUUCGAGUGCUGAAUCUCGUAAAAAACAUAAAUCCAAGAAGAGCAAACGCAGCAGGAGCGAGUCACCAAAACGUAAGAAGCGAGAUAAGAAGAAGAAAAGAGAAAAAUCUAAGAGGCGACAUCGCUCCUCUUCUACCUCCUCUUCAUCGUCUUCAUCUUCAUCGUCAUCUUCAUCUGGCUCAGAUUCAGAUAGUGUUGUGAGGAGCAAAUCUAGCAAACGUCGACGUUCACGAAGCCCAGCAGCUCAGCGAGACACAUCAGAAUCUCGCCGUAAGCGCACCGAGGUGCGUGAAAGGGGAAAAGUCUGCAAGAGGCCACAUACCGAAGCAGAGGGUUCUCCAGAGGCUCCACGAUCACGUACGAAGCAGCAGCAACACGGUUCGGAUGUUGAAUCCUUACCAGAAAAACGACCUGCACAACAUCCAGAUGCUCCAUCCUCAAAUCAGACAUAUAAAAGUAGCCCGAAGGAAAGUAUCAAGGGGAGAGAGAUCCAUAAAGAAAGAGACUGUGACAAACAAAAGGAACAUCAGUAUGAUACAUCCAUAUUACAAGACAGAGAACAAAAUCAAGAAAGAAAUAAGCAGAAGAGCAGAAGCAGAAGCAGAAACAGAAGUGGUGAGCAGAAGCAUGGGUCUCCUUGGAGAAUAUCAACACCAGGAUCAGGAGGAAGUCGUGAGUACGAAAAUACUGGAAACGUUAACAAGUUGGAGAUCACGGGUAACGUGAGGCAUGUCAUUGCUGACACAAGCUACUUGCCUUUGCCAUGUCAACCACCAAGAAAUGCAGCAGUGACAGAUUCAUCUAAGCAGAGCUCACUCUCAUGCUCUACCAGCAAGUCUCCAGUCAGGGUUUCUCCAAAGCAAGAAAUGAUUGAUUGUGUUAGGCUGAACCUUACAAAUUGUCGAUCAAUUCCUUUACCUAAAGUAGGUAGUCCAAGUAAAACCAUAGGAGAUAAACACAGCUCAAAAUGGAGUCAAAAUCAAUCUAUAUCAUCUAAGAUAUUAGACAUCAGUGAUACCUUGAAAAGGUCAAGCGAGCUAUCCAAUGUACAGGGUAGUGGAACUCAAGACUUGCCACGCCUACCACAAAAUGGUCGCCAUAUUGGAGGAUCUUUAGCAAGCAAAUCACCAGUACCACAUUCCAGUGGUGUGACUGCAGCAUCCCCAGCACACACUAGAUAUUCCAGAAGUUCAAGUAGAGGUAGAUCUUCAUCCCGUAGCAGUCGCAGCUCGCGCUCGCGCUCCUCGUCACGUUCGCACUCGCUUUCACCAAGAUCCCACUCACCUUCACUACGCUCACACACUCCCACUUCUCGAUCCAGGUCUCCCAGGUCUCGCUCCCCUCGUUCUCGAUCUCGGUCGCAUUCGAGGUCGCAUUCACCACGGUCAAGGUCAAGGUCACGAUCAUACUCAAGAUCCAGAUCACGUUCCAGGUCAAGAUCAAGGCGUACUAGGUCAAGAUCUAGAUCUCGGUCAUACGGCCAUUACAGCCGGUCUGUCUCAAGAUCCCGGUCAAGAUCAAGGUCAAGGUCUCGAUCCAGAUCACUCUCAAUUCCACGUAGAAGAGGAUCUCCAUCAUUCUUAGACAAAAGAAGGAUCACCAGUGCAAGGAAACGACCUGUUCCUUACCACCGACCAACGCCGCCUCCCUCACCAUCAUCCUCAGAGUCAUCUUGGUGGUCGCACAGUCGUAGUCGCAGUCGAACUCGUAGCAGAUCGUGGAGUCGUACUCGUUCUCCCUCCUACAGUAGGUAAUCAUCUAGGAAACCAUAUUUGCUCGAUUGUAGAAAAAUAAAAUAUAAACGUACUGGAGGUUAGAUUUUAUGUACAGUAACGGACGCACAGUAUAUUUUUAUAAUAUGCUGCCUCCCCUUCUUUUCAUAAAAAUGUAAACUGUUAUUCUGUAGCUUUAAAAAUUUAAAUGAAAAUUAUUCUGAACCAUGAGAGUAAAUCUAUUUAUUGGUAUAUUAGAUUUUCUAUUCAUAUGAGAAUAUUGUUCAGUCAGUUUGAUCAAGAAACCUGUUCAGGCAAGCAAAUGUAAACAAGCAUUCAUUAUAAAAAAUACAUUAUGUAGAAAAAAAUCCUGAUUUUAUGUAUAAUAAUUUAAUAAUCUCGAGAGAAUAUGGUUCAUAGAUUUAUAAAACAGAUACUGUACCAGGAAGCAUAACACAAUGCUGCAUUACCUUCUGGAGGAGAGAAAAUAUAAUAUCUCUGGAUAUCCUCUGCUUUUGUGUGAAGAUGUUUCCUUUUUCCUGUUUGCAUAGGUUAGCUUUUUGUCACUUCGGAAUUGCAUUACAGCCAGCCUUACUUGCCUUAGAGACUACAAGUAAUUGGAUUUUAUGCACUUGAAGGCUUUUAUUUUAAAGACUCAAUAGAAUACAGUUCCAGAAUAUAUGUAAAGUAAAAUACUCAUGUAUUUUAAUAUUUGCAAAAUGAGAAUGAAUGAGCGAGUUGUAGGGUAUUAAAAUUCUGACUUGCCACAGUUAUGCAUUAAAAUCAUUUAGUUACAGCAUAUAAUGUUAAUGUUUCAAUUGCUGCAAAGCUGUAACUUAUUUGUACAUCAAUACUGUAAUUGCAUUUCUUUGAGAAAUGGGACAUUCAUUAAUGUUUCAUUUCUGGCAAAAAAAAAAAAAAAAAAAUGUAUCAGCUGAAGUUAUUUUGUUGGCUUUUUUUUUUAUAUAUUUUACUCCUGUAAUGGCAGCUGGAAAUUGGAAAACAUUAAUGAAGGCUAAUUUUCAAUUUGUCUUGUAUCAUAUAUGUAAUUGGAAAAUGUAAAUCAUGUAUAUUUGUACCUGGGUAGUCAGCUUUUGUAUGGGAUUAUUUUUUUUUUUUUUUGUUAUUUUAUAUAUGCUCCUUACAACGAUAUUGAUUGGUGGGUAAUCAGAUCCACCAAUAUUCAUAUAUAAAAUAUUAAAUAACGCUUGGUGUGUCCAGCAUGAAACAUUGAAGUGAUAAACUUACUAAGGUUAUGUUCUAGUCAGUAUAGAAACAUGAGUGCUAGUGCCAGUCAGCUAGGCAUCAGUAAAUUAGUAACAUUUAAGGUAGCCAUGAAAUAUUGCUCAAUGCAAUUGAUGCAUGCCAUGCAAACCUUAAAGUCUGAGAUGAUAAUGUAUGGCUGUGUAGAGGAUAAUGUACAGUUGCAUAUGUUGGACACUGAAAUGAUCAGUAUAAGCAAAAAAUAUUUUAACGACAUGGUGAUUCAUUCAAUUAGUAAUUUGUCACAAAGGUGUUCUGUUUGGUAUUCACAUGUGAUAUCUUAGUAGAGAAUCCUGUUGUUCAACUACAAAUACUUAUCCAAGAAUACUCAGCAAACAACUUGGUGCAAUAUUUGUAUAGAAUUAGAUAUUGAGAUUUAAUAGUUUAUAUAAUAAAAAUUAGGCGAGAUUCUGCCAUCUAGAGUGAGAAACAUGAUGGCUCAUUACCUAAGUUUCUACAUCUUCAGAUGAAACUGUAAACCAAAGUACCAUGUACUUAUUGAUUAUAUAAUUUAUUUAGGUUACUUUAUAUUUAAUAUAUAUUACUAUUAUUCUUACUGUACUUUAAGAUUAGUUAUGAGGGCUAUUUACAACGUUAAUUUAUAAUCCUAUUUCAGGAUUAUUAUGUACAAUAUGUGCAUCAUAUUCUUUAAUUUGAAUAUACAUUAUGCCAUGAGUUUUUUUUUUUUUAAUAUCGUAGAUGUUCCAGUUGUUUAUAGUUUACCUCUGAUACAAAAGCAUAUUUUGUUAUGUAGUUAGUACACAAGUAAAUAAAGCAUUUAUGUGGUUUUAAAGCAGUAAUUUGUCUAGUCACUGCAAGCUAUUUUCACAUUAUUGAAUUAUGGAAAUAGGAAAAAAUCUAACGAUGACAUUUGUGAAAAUUAUAAUAGCAUUACAUUUAUAGAUACAGUAUUGUAAAUUAAAAUUGUAAAAGGAAAAAUUUCAUUGCUGCUAAACAGCCUGUGACUGUACCUAUAUACACAUCUCAGGCAAGCUGCUCUAUACUGUACCAGAAGCUUAUUUUGGUCAAGCUGAGCUUUUGUGGAGUGCAGUGGUGUAUCUGGCUCAUGCAAAAAUUUUUAUUGCCUAAACUACAAAUUAUUCUGAUAACUUUGAAUAUACCAGACAUAACACUGUCAAAUAUAUAGACAGCUAAAGUAUAACUUUAGAUCUUGCAAUUUAUUUUAUGUAAUUAAUGCAAAAUUUAAAUGUCCAGAAUCAUCUCUCCCUCUCCUCACAGGACCACUUUUCUGCUAUAGUUGACCACUAUAAAGGUGUAACAGUAUUAGGCUGCUACAUCUCUAGCCACUGUUUAGGUUUUCUGGUGAUCUAUGAAUAUAGAUCACUAACUGGCUUUUACUAUAUUUAUUUUAUUUAUUUAUUUAUUUAUUUAUUAGUAUCCCUUUAUAUGUUUGUAGACUAAGCAGUUUAUACAGCACUUCUCAAAUGGUUUAAAACAUUUUUAUACCCUGAGACAUUGCAGGUAUAUUGUCAUUACCCUGCUGUUCUUGAAUCAUUGUAACAUCACAUACAAUUCUGAGCUGGUUUAAUUGUAAACCAGUUGUAUUGAGGAAAAUGCAUUUGUUUCUCAUCUGGUCCUUGUGGUGUCUCUCCUGAGUAGAAUUGUGUGAUUUACUUAGUAAAUAUAAAUUACACACA